CCAAACAAGAGUUUCUGAUAGUAUAUUCUCAAUUCUCAAAUCUUCACAAUGGCAACACUCAACACAACUAUAAACGACAUAGCAGUCCCCACCGCAAAACUCCAGGACGUCCACAUCUCCGAAUCCGAACUUCCUAUUUCCCCUCCCUCCACCAAAGACCUCCACACAAAACUCACCACCCUCCUCCUCCCCCAACUCUCAGAAAAGGCAUCCAUCAACCUCCCUUCAGACGAUGAAUUUAAACAAAACACCGCUCGUUGGAGCGACACCACCUUCACUUCUCCAACAGCAGUGGUAAACGUAGCCUCCGAAUCCGACAUCUGCGCCGUCGUUCGUGUCCCCUCCCUUCGUCCCAUGCAAUCCCAAACUAACCACCCCCUCUCCUCACAGGUUAAAUUCGCAACCUCUCACAACAUCCCCUUCCUCGCACAAUCCGGCUCCCACGGCCUCUCCUCCUCCCUCCAAAAGCUCUCCGGCAAACCCCACAUAAUCAUCAACCUCCGUCUCAUGAACGAGGUCAAAGUCGACCUCCCCUCGGGAACAGCAACAAUCUCCGCUGGCGCCAUAACAAAAGAAGUCCUCGACGCCGCCCAUGCGGCAUCCGCACACAUCGUAACCGGCGUCUGCAACACAGUCGGCAUAAUCCCCGCGCUCCUCGGCGGCGGAAUGGGGAAUCAGAUCUCUCUGUACGGUCUCGGCGUCGACCAGAUCCUCUCCGCUAGACUAGUGACUGCGAAAGGAGAAGUGGUUGUUGUGAGUGAGGAAGCGAACCAAGACUUGUUUUGGGGCAUCAGGGGCGCGGGGCACAAUUUCGGGAUUGUGAGUGAGCUUAAGGUGAAGGCGUAUGAGCAGGAGAACGGGGGUGUGCAUUGGACUGGGACCUUGGGGUUCCCCGGGAGUAAGGAGAUGCUUACUCGUGUCACAAGCACCAUCAAGGAAAUGGGAAUCGGGAAGGGGAUGGGUGUGUUCAUGAUCUGGGCACGGCCGCCUCCUGCUUUUGGGCCAAUGGUCGUUCUCAACCUCUGGUACUCCGGCCCCUCCGCCGCUGCCGAGGCCGCAUACAAACCCUUCUUCGACCUGGAACCCGUGAUGCAGAUCUGCGCGCCAACGCCGUACACCCACAUCAACGACUGCAACGACGCGGUGUGCGCCAAAGGCCUGCGCAAACCCUCGUACUGUGUCGGUCUCGACGAGUCGGAAUUAGGGGAUUUGGAGAAGGUGUGGGAGCAGUGGGUUGAGUGGAGUGCUAGGGAGGGCGCGGGUCAGAGCGUGGUGUUGACGGAGUGUUAUGGGUUUGAGAAGGCGAGGGAGGUGGAGGAUGAGAGCACGGCGUAUGCGUGGAGGGGGACGGGGGUGUACGUACUUACGAUACCGAUGUAUGAGAAAGAAGAAAUGGACGCUGAAGCUCACGCAUAUGGCACGAAAUUCCGAGAUACCCUGCAAGGAGAUGGUCCUAAGAGAGUGUACACCAACUUCGCGAACGGAGAUGAGGAGCCGAGUGCUUUGUAUGGUGGCGGAGAGCGCUUAGAGAAGUUGAGGACGUUGAAGGGGAAGUGGGAUCCGCACGGGGUGUUUGGGUGGUUCAAUCCUAUCUGCUGAACCUUUGGUCAAUUGGUGUUCGAGGAGUUCUGUUGCACUUCGCUUCAGUAUUUGGAAGUCCUCUAGGACAAUGAGAGAGCCAGUUGAAUCCUCUGUCACGCGUUUUCCAAGCA